AUUUCAUCAAAAUUAAUAUUGAAACUGAUAAUAUGACAACUCCGUUUUAUGUGGAACUAAUUAUGCAGUUGAAAAGAUGCGUAUUACAAAUGUUUAGAGAAAUAAGGAACUGAAAUCAAAAUGGUAGAGGAUGCUGAACAGAAUACAGUCUCCAAUGGUCACACUAAUUUGGAUGUCAACUCAUUACCUUCUCCAGAAGACACUCUGACGUUAAUAGAAGUUAUUGGAGAAGGAGCACGAGGUAUUGUACACAAGGCAAAAAAUUUAAAGACAGAAAGAUUUGUUGCAGUUAAGGUGGUAAAACACGUUCCAAGAAACUAUACACUGAUUGAAGCAGAACAUAAAGCUUUGAGCAAAUUAAUCGAACAUUUUUGUUUCCCUGAUUUUUAUGGCACAUUUUAUAAAGUUGGUUUGGACAAUGGUGAUGAAGUAUGGUUUGCGAUCGAGUUGUGUAAGGGUGGAAAUGCUGCACAGCUUGUUCAGAGACUUCGAGCAGAUGAAAAAUUUUUGGAUGAAAUACACAUUGCAUAUAUCUUAAAGGAAGUUUUAAAGGGUUUACAGAUUCUUCACAAUGAGAAAACAGCACAUCGUGAUGUUCAAGCUGCAAACAUUCUGUUUACAGAGGAUGGUUACGUUCGACUUGUAGACCUGGGUCUUUCUUGUAGUUUGGAGGAAAAUUCUGACAGUCAGGUUCAUUGUGUUGGUUCUCCAUGGUGGAUGGCUCCAGAGGUAAUAGCAUUUAAUGAUUGUAACCUGAAUUAUGACUGUCGCUGUGAUGUUUGGUCCUUAGGUAUCACAGCAAUAGAAUUAGCUGAUGGUCAUCCGCCAUUGGGAAAUGUCCAUUUAAAUGGAGUCAUGUUGAAGACAGUCAGGAAUCCUCCUCCAACCCUGAAGAAUCCAAGAGACUGGUCUGAAAUCUUUAAUGAUUUUAUAAAUGAAUGUCUCACCAGAAACUUUGAUUAUCGACCUUGUGUGGAAGAACUAAUGAAGCAUCCUUUCCUAACCCAGCUACCAACAAGUGACACACAUGUAGCUGUGGAGCUUCAACAUUUAAUUCAGAAGACUUGCAACCAAAGUAAACCCAAUACUUUCACACACAUGGUAUCUGUUUUGGGAUCAUGGUUUGUGGAAGCUUGGGACGAUGAACCAAAACAGUUGCUUAUAGAUGAUGUGGCAGCAUUGCAUGAUAUAACCGAGGAUGCAGUCAUUAAGCACCUAGAGGGAAGAUUUAAAGAAGACCAGUUUUAUACUUGUUGUGGGGAUAUUUUAAUCAUUCUCAAUCCAUUUGUCAUGCCAAAUGAGCUUAGUGAAAAGUUUUAUCCUAUGUACCAAGGGAAAACGUUUUCUGACAAUCCACCACACUUAUUUGCUGUUAGUGACAGGACCUACCAGGAUAUGCUACAUCAACAGUGUCAUCAGACCAUUGUUUUAUUAGGAGAAUCGGGAUCUGGCAAGUCAACUGCAGCUUCUUGGUUAUUAAAGCAUUUGGUUUUUCUUGGAACAUAUGUAAACCCUGGAGUCAACGAGAAGCUUCUCCAGAUCUUCCCAAUCUUGGAUGCCUUUGGUAAUGCUCAUACUCCGUGUAACUCCAGCUCGAGUCGUUGUGCACGACAUAUUGAACUAAGUUUUAAUCGAAUGGGAAAGAUCACAGGAGCCACAGUGUUUAUGUACCUUCUUGAAACCUGGAGAAUUACCAGCAUUUGGCCGGGCAACUUUAAUUUCCAUGUAUUCUACUAUUUUUAUGAUGGUAUGCGAGCAGCAGGUCAGCUGGAAGAGUUUGGACUUAAUGAGGAAGGACCUCAGUGCCAUCGAUACUUGUGGGGAAUGCGUCCAGACCAUAGUGAUAGGAACAAAGAAAUGUUUAACUCACUAUUCAAUAGUUUUGCCUCUUUAGCCUUCUCAAAUAGUGAUAGGAACAAAGAAAUGUUUAACUCACUAUUCAAUAGUUUUGCCUCUUUAGCCUUCUCCAAUGAGGAAAUUUCUACUGUUUGGAAUUGUUUAGCAGCCAUAAUUUUGCUAGGUGAUCUGAAAUUUGUAAAAGUUGGACUUGUUACUGAGGUCAACAACACUAAGAUUUUAGAGAAGAUUGGUUCUCUUCUGAGCAUAAAUGAAUUCCAACUGCUACGUGUUUUUACUUCCUGUACAUCACUGAUUCGAGGAAUUUGUAUGUCUCAUGGUAACACAGUUGAAGAUGCAGUGAAGAAAAGGGACAUUAUUGUCCGUCUUUUGUAUUCACGUUUAGUAGACUGGGUCGUAAACAUGGUUACCAAACAACUUUCUUUUUCUGCAAUUGUCUAUGGAGAUUUUCAUUCCAUAAGCAUUGCUGACUAUCUUGGAUUUGAAGAUAUAAAGAAUAACAGUUUUGAGCAGCUGGUUUCAAACAUGAUUGCAGAACAGAAUCUCUGUCACUUUAAUAGACAUGUGUUUGAGAAGGAAAUGGACGACAGUAGAAUGGAAGAUAUAAAAUUCCAAGGUAUACAACAUGCAGAUAAUCGACCUCUACUGGAUCUAUUUCUCUACCGGCCAGGUGGUAUCUUGGAUGUUGUACACCAUGUAACGAGACAGCCUGUAACAGAUGUUCAUAUAAUUGAAUCACUGAAGAAUACUGUGAGUAACACAAAGUUCUUAGCAGAUGAAGGUUUGAUUUUUAUGGUGAAGCAUACUUUUGAUAAUGUUGCUUAUAGUGUUGAGGGAUUUGUGGACAAAAACUGUGAAAAAGUUCCACCUGAAGCUAUCUUGGCAUUCUCACGUUCCAUCAAUUCUAAAGUGAAGGAAAUGUUCACUCAGCCACUGACUAAAACAGGGAAUCUUUCUCUGAAAACAGAGUCUAGAGUGAAAGUAAAGGAAAAUAAUCGACAGAGAGGUUUACAGGCUUCAUCAAGAGGAGUGAUUCCACAGAAUGCCCAAGCUAACCCAUCAAAGGCUUUAAACCUUUAUCAGACUUUCUCUGAGUUACUGAAAUGUAUAACCAAAGGCUCACCUCACUUUGUUUUCUGCUUACGGUCCAAUAGACAGUCUAAUUCAAACUGUUUUUCUUAUGAAGAUGUUCAGAGUCAGAUAAGCAGUUUGAAUAUUACAAACACAGCCAUGGUUAAGCAGAAAGGAUAUUCCCAUCGUAUACCGUUUGAAGAAUUUUUGAAACGUUACCAAUACUUAACGUUUGAUUUUGAUGAGAAAGUGGAGAUAACUCGAGAGAACUGCCGUUUACUUCUCCUUCGACUCAGUCUUACUGGUUGGCAUGUAGGACGCACUAAGGUUUUCUUGAAGUAUUAUCACAUAGAAUACCUCUCUCAUCUUUACGAGCACCAUGUGAGAAAGAUUGUCAAAAUACAAGCUUUGAUCCGAGCAUUCUUAACUAGAAGGAAGAAAUUAAAGGAACAAAACAACAUUUGUACAAAUCAUGUUUCAAAACCAAUGAAUAGUGAAGGAAUUGAUUCCCAAAAUGAUCUUCAACAUGCUUCUGUUCCCGAAGAAAACCAAGAUACUAACCUGAUCCAAGGAAGAGAAACUUUUUGUUCUAGUGAAGGUGAUAAAGCAGCUUAUAUCAUUCAAACUUACUUCAAGAAAUGGCGUAUGAAAACCAUGUUUGAAGUUGUUCAAAAAUAUUCUGCAGCCAGGAAUGCUGAGAUCAUCUACUUUUCCCAACAGGUUCACCUCUACAACCAAGAAAUGCAUCAUAAUUUGUACCAAUCCCAACUGGCUGUAGAUGUUACCAAAGUUAAACCCACUGUUAAAGGUUAUAUGGAAGCUUUGUGUCGUGCUCUACCCAUACGUGUGCUGAAGUUAAGAACCCCUUUACGUCUUCAGGACAUAACAUUUGAAGACACUAGUCAUAUGUGUGAAACGGGGUGUGUGUCAGAAAGAAACAGUAGCAUUCUUUCCACAGCUGCAACUGAAGAAUUGUUGAAAAUGGAGGAAAACUGGGAUACUCCUCUUAAUAAGGCUCUUCCACUCAGGUUCAACACUAAAGACUUACUAAAAGAAAAUAUUCCCAAUAAUCAUUUGAUACCAAGUACUGUUGAUGCCGUAGAAGAAACAAACCAUGAUGAUCACAAUGUCUCUGUUGACCAGCCACAAAAUACUUACUUAAAACCAAUGAAAGGAUCUCAUAAAUACAUGACCGUCCCACACUUUCAUGGUGAAAAUAAACUAACAGGAGAGUUCAGCAGUUUGAGGCAUAGGAAACCACAACAUUUUCAUGCCAGUCCAAGUUAUAAAAAAUCUUUAUCAAAUAGCAAUCUAGAAAACAAGGAUGAAAAACCAUCUGUUAAGUUUGGUUUAAAGCAAUGGAACACAAAUCAACACAAUGAAAAUAAGCCAGACACUACAAUUAAGACAGAUGCUGGACCAAAAAAUAUGGCUUCUGAUGAGGAUGUCAGCUCAGAGAAAAAGAUGUCUGUUACAGAAUCAAACACGCCUCACAUAAAUAUUAUAAAAGCAGAAGAGUUUGAGUUAAUGCCAGGUAUUCUUAUGAGUGGCCCCUCUGCUGAACUGUAGGUUACCAAAUCUCUUUUCUUCACACUUUAAAAUUUUAGGAAGAAAUAGUUGGGUUUGUAUAAGCCACUAUUUGUUUUAAAUCCAUCACUAAGAGACUUGGAAAAUGUGACUUACCUUUGAAAAUAGCCAUAGGUUUCUCUCCUCUUUGAGAUUCAUGAAUAAAAAAAUGUUUUCUGCUUUACUGUUACACUAUGUUCUUUUUAUAGGUUAGUUGAUUAAGAGUCACAAUUUCCCAAAUUAUAAGCUUGAGAUAAUAGCAACUAAAUCUUCCUUACUUUAGUUCAGUCUUCUGUGUUUUUAGUUGUAAGUAAUAUUUAAUUUAUAUUUUAA